AUGGAGUCCUUCACCAUCCGGACGCCCUGCUCCAGCGCCAACAUCGGCCCCGGCUUCGAUGUCAUCGGCCUCGCCCUCUCCAUCUACCUCGAGCUCGACGUCACCAUCGACCGCAGCAAGCCGCGCUCCGAGCACCCGCUCAACUGCCGCAUCACCUACGAGGGCCAGGGCGCCGGCGGGCCCGACAUCAGCCUCGACCCGCAGAGCAACCUCAUCACCCGCGUCGCCCUCUAUGUCCUGCGCUGCCACGACCAGCGCGCGUUCCCCGUCGAGACGCACGUCCACAUCCGCAACCCGAUCCCGCUCGGUCGCGGCCUCGGGAGCUCCGGCGCGGCCGUCGUCGCCGGCGUCUUCCUCGGACGCGAGCUCGGCGGCCUGCACCACCUGGACAACAACAGGCUGUUCGACUACUGCCUGAUGAUUGAAAGACAUCCAGACAACGUCGGCGCGGCGCUGUUUGGUGGCUUCGUCGGAACGUACCUCAUGCCGCUCAAGCCCGAGGACGCCUCCCGCAUCGAGGUGCCGCUCAGUGAGGUGCUGCCGUCACCGGCCGGCGGUGUCGACACGGGCAAGAAGCCGCCCGAGCCGCCGGUCGGCAUCGGCCACCGCAUCGAGUUUCCCUGGAACAAGGAGAUCAAGGCCGUGGCUAUCGUGCCCGAGUUUGUCGUGCCCACCGCCGAGGCGCGCGCCGUGCUGCCGGAAAAGUACCCCCGCAACGACGUGACGUUCAACCUCCAGCGCAUCGCCCUGCUACCCGUCGCCCUCGGCCAGUCGCCGCCCGACCCGGAGCUCAUCCACCUCGCCAUGCAGGACCGCAUCCACCAGCCGUACCGCCAGACGCUCAUCCCGGGCCUCACCGAGGUCGUCGAGUCCAUGUCGCCCAAGACGCAGCCGGGUUUCCUCGGUGUCUGCCUGUCCGGCGCGGGCCCCACCAUCCUCGCGCUGGCCACGUCCAACUUUGAGGAAAUUGCCGACCAGAUCAUCGCUAAACUCAAGCUGCACAACGAGAACAAGGCGCUCGAGUGCCGCUGGAUGGUGUUGGAGCCGGCCAAGGGCACGGAGGUGGUCCGGUCAUGA